ACAAGGACAUCAUCUGCUUCUUUUUUUUUUGCACUAACCUCAACUUCUUCACAGCGCGGCGCGUCUGUCUCUUCUCUCAUGAGGCUUUAGAUAGAUCUUAGGGUACAUAUUCAUUCAUAUUUCUGGGGCUUUCCUUUGGUCUGUGUGCUUUCCACCGUUGCGCGUCUGUGAAUUUAUCACUCGUAUCACAUGCUGAUGGGCUUCGUGCGCAGGUUGAUUUGAGCCUCUUUUUAUUUCUACUCCGUUUUCCAUAUUCAAGCCACUAAUGGACACACCGAAGGAUUAUUUCUGCUUUAGACCUCUCGACAUGAGAUGAAACCCAGAGGAGAUGUUAUAUAUACCAAAUAACGCAAAGAAGAGGACGCGCUAUUUCGGCACAUGAAGAAUUUUGCAUAUGGACACACAUGACAUGCGCCGAACAGACAGUAGAGGCAAAUAUAUACGAUUUUUAUUAACCUUUAGCUGAUUAUUGCUCAGAAUGCUUGAACUGUAAGCCAUUUUACUUGAAUUUCAAAUAUAUGCACUGUUAUAGGGAAUGCGGGCAUGCUGAUUUAUAUAUUGUGUGAUGGAUUUUGCUACCAUGCAGUAUAGGUAAAGUGUUAUAGUGAACAUUAAUAGAGCUUAUAUUAAAUACUAUUUUCCUUUAGCACGCUAUUUAUGGUGGUAAAUUAAACCCAUUAACACAUCAAUGCCUGACAUUGGAAUAUGUGCGUUAUAGCAUGAUAAUCUUCCUCCUGGGCUAAUGUCGGAAUAUGUUUGUUUGGCACAAUUUGUUAAUUGGCAUUAGUAGUUUAUUAGCCUUAAUUUAGAAGAGGAAAAAAAAGCCCGGAUACUUCAGAGACCAUAAGCAGCUUAAGGUUAACAGCAGCUAUAGCAGGUGGCACUUUGCAUUGUGCAUUCUAGCCUCUAAGUGGCUUUUAUUAUAGCAAUUAUUACAGUAUUUCUGGGGUAAUGGACACCAGUAAAAUGGAUGAUGGCUCGUCUAGCGAUAGCAUGGAGAUGGAGAUCAUGCCUGGCUACAUGGAGCUCACCUCCAGAGCAUAUUCAGUCGUAUUUAGUGCCUUUAUGGACUGUAAAGACUGCGGGCUGGAGUUGUCCAUAAGGACAUUGCUGGAUCACGCAUACAUAACUUGGAUGGAGAUCUUCAUGCUGUUCCUCUGCACUGUCAUGUGGACGAAAGUGCGCAAGGGACUGACCGUGUACUUCUUUGAGCCAUUUGGACAGUGGUGUCGUAUUCAACCAAAAGAUGUCUCAAAGAUGCCGGAGAGUGCGUGGAAGCUGGUCUUCUACACAAUGUCCUGGUCAUACAGCACUUACCUUUUAUUUUUCACCAGCUAUUCCUUCUUUCAAAACCCUCCAUCUGUAUUUUACGACUGGAAGAGCGGGAUGUCUGUACCCACAGAUAUUGCGAUAGCUUACCUGAUUCAAGGCAGCUUCUAUGGCCACUCUAUAUACGCCACCGUCUACAUGGACGAAUGGAGGAAGGACUCGCUUGUCAUGGUGGUACAUCACUUCAUCACUCUGGCUCUGAUCACAUUCUCCUAUGCCUUCAGAUACCACAAUAUCGGCAUUCUCGUCCUCUUUCUUCACGACAUCAAUGAUAUCCAGUUGGAGUUCACCAAGAUUAAUGUUUACUUCAAGACCCGGGGAGGGAAGGAGUACUUCAUCAAUGAUGUCCUGUCCAACAUGGGCGCCGUUAGCUUCAGCAUCACAUGGUUUUGGUUUCGUUUGUACUGGUUCCCUCUCAAAGUGUUGUGGGCCUCCUGCGUCACCAGUAUCCAGUCGGUUCCCAACAUCCCUUUCUACUUCUUCUUCAACAUGCUCCUGUUUGCCCUGCUCCUCAUGAAUAUCUACUGGUUCCUGUUCAUCGUGCUGUUUGUGGCGAAGGUCCUGACUGGCCAGAUGAAGGAGGUAAAUGACGUUCGGGAGUACGAUGAAGACGACCUGAAGGAGAGAAAAGACAGUAGUGAUGAGGCCUCUGCUGAAGGGAAACACGUGCAGAACGGAAUCAACAAGAAACAACAAUGAGCAGGUGCUGCCACCUGCAGGCACUGAACAAUGACUGCAAGGUACUUAUGUGACCUAGUUUGAUUCUAACCUCAGACCGCCAAUGUGCUUGAAGAGUCAUACUGAAAACAUACAAGAAGAAACAAACGGACCAUCGUCUACUGUCUACUGUUUUUAAAAUUCCAUCAUGUUAUGAUAUAAUCCUAGCACUGUGAAUGUUAUUUGUCAUCCAUCUGAUAUUGUUUUGAAAAUGUUCUUUUGUUUUGUUAAAGGAGUGUGAUUUGGGUGCAAUUGUCAAUCAGGAGCUUGAGAUGGAAAUUAUUUCGAAAUAUCCGCCCAUGAUAUACAAACCUGUGGAUUAUGAAGUACAGCUAAUUUUGUGGUCAUCGCCUGGGACCCCAUUAUGUUUGAUUAUUCUUAUGUAUUUAUUUUAAUUCCAGGAGAAUUAAAGUGAAGUCAUUUAGAAAGGGUUAUUAUUACUUAUCUUGUAGUGGUGAGUAUUGGUGGAGUGGUUCUCAACUGGUGGGUUUGAAGGUCUGGAAAAUGGAGAAAGCAAUAUUAAAUGUAUAUAAUGAGACAUAAAAAACAAUCAUUAACAAAGUAUCAGAUAGUAACCCUGCUGAAAAAUCCAGCUUAAACCAGCCUAGGCUGGUUGGCUGGUUUUAGCUGGUUGACCAGCCUGGUUUUAGAGGGGUUUUGGCCAUUUUGGCCUGGUUUAAGCUGGACAUAGCUGGUUUUAGCUGGGCUCCCAGCCUGUCUAGGCUGGUCAAGCUGGUCAUCUCCCAGCCAGACCAGCUAAGACCAGCCUGGAAAUGGCCAAAACCCCUCUAAAACCAGGCUGGUCGACCAGCUGAAACCAGCCAACCAGCCUAGGCUGGUUUAAGCUGGUCUUUUCUGUAGGGAAGGAUAGUAUAAUUCACAAAUUCUUACCGUAUCUUGUUGAGUUGUUUGCAAACAAAGCGCAGAACAUCAAAUCGCUAACAGUGAUAUUAUUUGGCAUAUCAAUACAUUACGUAGACAACAAUAAACAUGGGUUACAAGGAUAAAGAGCUUAAGGAACGAUUUGACUUUGUUUACCUGCACAUUUAGGCUCUAAAUAUUUUAAUCAUACAUAUAUUUAUGCAAAAUACUAUAUGACGUAGUAAUUUAAUGUAUAAAAAUUGAGUGACGCUUAAAACGAGAAAAAAAAUCUGCUAAUGGAGAAAGAAAACUAAAAUUGUUCCCAUUUAAGUUAAGAUUUCAUACUCCGUUAGUAGAUAUUUUUUAAAGUAAAAUAUAAUUUAAUUUUGAUACAAUUUGUCAGGUUUGAAUAGUUAUAGUAUAAUACAAAAACAAAAAUAAAGGAAAAUUAUUUGGGAACCACUGCACCAAUUAGCUUUCUUUUUUUAAACCAUCUGCUAAUCAUGUUUGUACAGUGUUAGCUAGUGUUUGAAUGUACAUGAUUGAAAGGGAAUAGUCUUUUCAAUCUUCGGAUUAGUUUAUAAAAAAUACUGCUUGCAUUGCUUAUGUGGGUUAAUUCCACGACCACUGCUGCAAUGGCAUAAAAUAAGCUAGCUUUUGAUUGGCUAAAAUAAUUAUACUCCAACAUCGUGUUUAUUUUAUGUGAAUAAAAAUCGACAACUUAGUCGUCUGUGCUCGUAAUGGACAAACAUUUGAACUUCCUACACAAAUUAAGAGUAUUUAUUCAGAUAUUGUAUUCAGGAAUGCAUGAGAUUUGAUAAUAUCUGCUGUAAUAGGGGAAUAAAUUCGAGUGGAAUCGAUUAUCCAGUUGUCAAUACUUGAAUUGUUGGUUUGCCUACUGUAUCAAAACAAAAUCUGUCGUGGAAAAAAAAGCUAAUCUUCACGUUCAGGUGCACAGAUAUGCUAACGAGCUGUCUUCCGUUCCGAAUGCUAGCGUGUGCUAAUGCUAACCGUUUCAUUUAUGUGUUUGAUUUGUUCAUGCAAAUAGUUUACUGGCACAUUUUUUUCCCUUUUAAUAUUCAUUGAAGCUGCUGCUGUUUUCGAUUUGCGCGCGUGAUUUAGGGAGUAGGAGGUAAAUUCCUUUCAGUUUCCUUACCUGGCAUUGUCAAACCACUGAAAAUAACGUAGUACUCGUGGAAAUCUUCGUUCUGUGGUAUUUCUGUGACAUUUAAACCCUAGUUUUGGCUCAUUAGCAGAGACGCUACUUAUUUUGUUAUGAUGACAGAAACGGACAUUAAACGCCACCAUACACUCCAUUGAUUAUGAAAAACGUCUUCUGUAAUUUGCUUAUUGUUUAUUAAUUUUAUGUAAGUCAGAAUGAGAGUUUGGAGAGGGGAAAUCUAGGAUAUAUUUAUAUAAAAGUGCCAAAAAUAUUUAUUAACCCCCCUGUGAGGCGGUGUGGAUUUGAGGUGUUUUUGGGGUGAUUUAUCAUCCAUGGGUUUAUCAAAAUGUUAAUUUAACAAUAGAAAAUUGCACUGUAAUUUCUUACUACUGUUUCAAUUUUCCUGUAUAAACUGUAUUUAGGAAAUAAAUUUAUACAGAUUAAUUUAACAUCGAAAAAUAAGUUAUUCAUUUUGUUUUGUCAUUUUUAUGGACCACUCAUUCCUGAUCAGACCA